AUACUCACCGCGCAUUGUGCCUUGAAGUUAAUGCACCACCUGGUCUCCUGUCCUUUUGACACACUGUUAAUGACCAUGUAAAAUGUACUGUAGAGCUCUCCUGCAACUAUGCACUUCUCAUAGAUUGACUGACAAACGUUUUCUCUGCUGGUCAGUUGGAGAAGACCACCGACUUAAAAGUCAACUGGAGUAGUAAGCAUCUUAGUUUAAUCGCUUGAUUGAAAUGAUAUUUUAGUACAUCUAGGUUUACACCUUCUCAAUAAUAAGAUCUUCUAUGUUGUGGCAUAUGCAAAUCUGUCAGCUGAUUUUAAAUGCAGAUGCUCGUUGAUAUAUUUUCUUUUGUUAAUUCCUUCCAUCUGUUCUACAAUUCUAAAAGUCAUCUUCUCUUUUAACUACAAAAGUAUGAUCCUUCUAGAUUGAUUGUGUUUUAUUAUCUGAAUUAAUUAUUGCAGACAUCAAAUCACCAAUUGAUCCGAAGUAUAUGGAGGCAUUUGCUUUUUGGAAUCCUUUUUGGAGAGAAUAUUAUGUAAAAUUUUCAUUAUUUUCAGAACUCAGCCCCGAGGAGUCUGAAGAUGUCCUUUUCAAGGAGGCAUGGCUAACUUACUUUUGGAGGAGAGCCAAAGCCCAUGGUAUACAGGAGGAUAAAGCCAAUAAAAGACUUCAAUUUUGGAGUAGUCGCAGUGGGCAUGCACCAACUUCUCAUGAUGCUGUUGAUGUUUGGAGCCGUUUGGAGAUCAGUUCGUACGGGAUGGCGCUUCUAGAGUAUUGAUUUUUCUUGCUUGAGGUAAGUAUCUUAUCUAAACUUGGUUGAGGUACUAAUUGCCUGAGUUAUUUAUGAUAGCUACGUGCUAUGGGUGGCGCACCUGUGUGGGGUUGAGCCCAUGUGCGUGCGCCGAGGUAUUGUUCAUGCUCAGGGUAGUCGUUAGGCUAUAAUAUGCCUUGGAUUGAUUGCUAAGCUUCAUAUUUGAGGUUACACAGAGGUUAAUCUCCUAAUUGAACCUGAUAGUUGCUACUUUUGUGAUGUAUUUGCCUGAUUUGAGCUAUGAUAUCACAUUUUGCACAUGCAUACACCUUAGCAUGUCUCUUAUACCAGUCCAGGAGUAUGAAAUUUGAUGUUCUUUGAUCAUGUACAAGUGUUCUUGUAUAUCUGCUUUCUGUGUGAUACGGAUUGGACUGGUAGCACCUGACCAUGCCGUGCGGAUUGUGAUAUUGAUCCUAUGACCACGCCGAGUGGAUUGUGAUAUUGAUCCUGUGACCACGCUGGGUGAAUUGUGAUAUUGAGCUUGUGACCACGCCGGGAGGAUUGUGAUAUUGAGCACGUGACUUUUCCGUGCAGGUUGUUAUUAUUAGCACGUGAGUUGUCCGUGUGGUUAAUAUUAUUAACUCGUGAGUUGUUCGUGCAACACGUGAGUUAUCUGUGUAGAGUGUGGAUAUGGAUCUAUCCCCCUAGGGUCACCCUCUCAUGUUCCUUCUUGAUGGUGUACAUGCGGAUUGUGAGAAACUGACAGGUUUCUGAUUGAUGUGGGCCUUAGGAAGGCUGAUCAGUGGCUUGAUUCGCUUAUUGAGAUUCUGCUGCGGGCCUUAGAGCUGUAUUGUGAUUUCUAUUUGGAUCGGGUUGCAUGCUGCAACAUAUUGAUAUUUAGUUAUUGCAUUUCAUCCUUACUUGCAAUUUCCUUGGCUAUUUACCUGAUUAUUUGCAUAUUUCCCGUAUAUGCUGGAUUGUUGACUGAGCAGAGUACGUUGAGAAAGUUGUGUGCACCAAGGUGGUUCCUUCUGUGAUUCAUGACUUGAUCAUAUUUUUGUUCUGUACUUGUUGAUUUUAUGAACUGUACAGGUGAUUAGCAGGUAUUAUUUAUAAUUCUUGCUUCUAUUACCUCACCGAGGUUAGUUAUGAUACUUGCUGAGUACAUGAUGUCGCUAUACUCAUACUACACUUCUGCACCUUACAUGCACAUCUUGGAGCUGAGAUGAUGUAGAUGAUGGGAGCUGGCACUGAAGAUGUACCUGCUUUUCGGUUAUAACUACUCCUUGUCCUUGG